UUUACUUUUUUGUGUAAAAACAGAAGGAAGCUUUAAUACAGGAGGAUUCCUAGUUAAAAUUUUGAGCAUUAAAAUUGUUUAAAUAUCUAAAACUCCUAAGGGUUGAUGUGCUUUUCCUAGAGUUCCAUCAGAAAAUACUUCGUUGUUACAAAAAGAUAAGAAAAUCAACUAAACGACCAAUCAUUACUGAGAUCCAUCUCAAGUGUAACAAAGUUCGCAAUCAUAGAGGAAGAAAGAUUUCCAUAAACAAUAGUUCCCAUUUCUUUUGUCAAUCUCGUGAUUUCCCAAUCAUAUGCAAAUAAUCAGAAAGAACAAAGAUAAGUUACAAAAAUUAGAAGCAAGCAAGAAAAGUGAACUUACUAUGAGACGUUGUAAAAAAAUGAUACUGCCUCUCCAUAUAUCUAAGAGACUAAUAGAAUGUAUGACUGAGACGAUCCCCAAGAAAAACAACUGAUUGAGAACACAUAGCCUCCAAAAAUUGUACUGUCCUCUUUCUGUUGCUUGAAUAAGCCAAGAAUUGGCCUAUAGGUUUGGUAAACUAUAUAAGAAGGGAACACAAGUUACGAGUCAUGCUUGCCAUAACAACAUUGCAAACGAAACCAUUAAUAAAGUUGACCCUAAUGGGAACAACAGCUAAGAUACCAACACUACAGCUGCAGACUUGCUUCUGGAAGACAAUGUCUCAGGGAAAUAGGCAUCCAACAUUGCAAACGCUGAGAGUAUGCACCCCGUGAUAAUUUCUACGACCAAGUGUUGAGGUCUGAGAGCACCGCUGCCUAUGCGCAAGGUUAGUUUUGACAGAAGCUCAUGAAUGAGAGUAAACCUCAGUUGUGGCAGUCCAGACUUCGCUAUUAGAGAUGUAAAUCAUUUUAGAGAGAUUACUUUGUGCUUUGAUGAUUCAUGAAGAAAUUUCAAACUGAGAGAGUCAUAAUUUCUGUUGA